CUGAUUGGCUGAAUAUUUAAAUGGUGAAACGCCCGCCUCUCUUGGAAAGCUUUUGCGCCUUCUCAGCGCCGAAUUCAAAAAACGAGAGGGCGAUGAGAGGAAGAGUUGCCGAGCUCUACCGUUAGUUUUGAUCUACACAGCCGGAGAGAUAGCUGAAGCACAAAAAGUAAAGAACAAAUGAGAAGAAUUAUUCAGGAAUAUAAUUAACCAAAGUGAGUGUGUUCCAUUGAAAAGACAGACAACAUGAAGUGCCCACAGUAUGACAUAGCCAAGGCCAAGAGAAACAUGGAGAAAUGCCCUCCAGAGAAGGCCUUUGGUCUUCAUGUGAAAGAGUCACCUUCAAAAGAACCCCUGCCUGUCAAACCACUAUGUCCCCCAGCUGAGAAGGUCUCCACUGGGUUGCUGGCAUCCCACAAUAGCACCUUGGGAGUGAUCCAUGACAAAGAAAACCAGACCUUCAAGGAGCAUGAGAGGACUUCGGAGGAAGCACUGGAGGACAGUGGCUACUUGUCUUUGCAAAACAGUCAAACUGAGGAAGACUACGACCACGGCCUAGCAAGACCACUGAAAGUCCUUCCAUCGCCAAAACGAUCAACUCUCUGUCAAGAGGGCACAGGUUUUAGCACAGCGACGCUGGUGGCGGCUUCUACACCUGUGAAUCACUGCAGGCGGCUGACUUACUCCUUGUCAUCCACCCCGUCCGAGCACCGCGGGAACUCCAACCUGCCCAUCAUAAAGUUCCAGCAGGCCGUGUGUGAAGAGCUCCAUAAGAGUUAUCAGAGGACAAAGAGGUACGACUGGAGCAUCAUCUCCAAGGUGGCCGAGGAUCACCUCCUGCAUCAGGUGAUCGGGCGCCAAAUGGGUCUGGAGUACGUGGAUGUCUUUUCAUCUCUUCUGUCCAAGAACAUGAGAUGCAUCCUCGCCAAAAUCCUGGCCCUGCUUGGAGAUCUAGACCUCAUCAGCUGCAGGAAGGUGAGCAGGACAUGGAGAAAGAUCAUUUGUGAAGACGGCGCCGCUCUGAGAAGGUGUGAGCAAACAGAGCAGAGGCUUCAGGAGUCGGUCAGCUCUGAGAGGCUAAAGGAUUGCGAUCUGACGAGAGACAUGGCCGUGUCCAGGGUGGUGCUGUCCUGCGUGCAGAAGGUGGCCUCCGCGCACCCUCCAUCAGCAUCACCAUCCUUGUCUACAAGCUCUGGCGUCAGACGGACAGCUCCCGCACAGAAGGGCGGCAAGUCUACCUCGCAGCGGUCUCGCUUCAAGGAAUUCACGCAGGCCGCCAGUAGCCUGAAGCAGCACCAGUCUCUGCGGCGCUGCAGCCAAUGCGGCUCACCGGCAACUCACUCGGCCGAGAUCCAGCGGGCCACCUGCACACGACGGACCUGUCAGUUCGACUUCUGCACCUGCUGCCAGGAGGCCUUUCACGGUUCGGCCCCGUGCCGGGUGGCGACCUCGUGGUCCCAUUUCACCUCCCCCAAAAGCACCACCAUCCUUGCGGGGAGCGCUCAGAGCAAAAAGAACGUGAGGAGGUUAUAGUGGUUGACUUGCAUUUAAAGCGGUCACGUUUGGACAGUGGGGUUUGUUUUCCACACAAGUUCAGUGUGGACGUGUGGGUGAUUUUAAAACUGUGCUGUUACACACACACACACACACACACUUGACUGAAUGAAUGGAUGGAAGCACUUGUUCUGAAACUGGACAAUCGCCCGGCGACUGGGUCUUAUUUGGGGAAAAUAUAAGCUGUUUCCUUUGAUGCAAAACCAAAAAUAACUGGUACUUUAAAUUGGAUAUUUUAAUGAUGUUUUAAAUUGAUUCAUGGUUGUAAAUAUUUCACUGUUUUUCCUCUUGUGCUUGUUUUAAAUAAAUGUGCUUUUGUAUGUUGAAA